GCCACUGAUCACUGUUCCAAUUCUCAACAACAAGUGUGUCAACAACAACGGAAGAACCUCAGAUAGUUUUAUCUUCCAAACUGCGUUGAGAUGAACCACGAUUGAAACCCUGGGCUUCCGUGAUUAACUUCCGAGGAUUGACUUUUGAAGUUGACUUUUCAUUUUCAGCGGAAGACUUCAUACUUUAGCAGUCCUCUGACACUUGACGAUCAGCGCUUCUCUUUUGGAUAACUUCAGUUUUUUCAUCAAGUGUUCCGUGCAGACGUUUCUAUCUUGCAGAGGAGAUAUGACCGCAUUAGCGGGGGGCAUUUCCAGGAUGAUGCGCCCCACGCCACCCCAAAACUACCCGAGAGGAGGCUAUUCCUUGGAGGUCUCCACGCCGUUAGGUCAGGGCCGCGUGAACCAGCUCGGUGGAGUCUUCAUAAACGGACGCCCUCUGCCCAAUCACAUCCGCCACAAGAUAGUAGAGAUGGCCCAUCACGGGAUACGACCGUGCGUCAUCUCCCGACAGCUGCGCGUGUCGCACGGAUGCGUGUCCAAAAUUUUAUGCAGGUACCAGGAGACGGGAUCCAUUCGGCCCGGUGCUAUUGGUGGCAGCAAACCCAAGCAGAGCACAACUCCCGAUUUGGAAAAGAAAAUCGAAGAAUACAAGAGAGAGAAUCCAGGGAUGUUCAGCUGGGAGAUGCGGGAUAAACUUCUGAAAGAUGGGAUCUGCGAUCGAAAUAACGUGCCCUCAGUGAGUUCCAUCAGCCGCAUGCUGCGCUGUAAAUUCGGCGGAAACGGAGAUGAAGAUGAAGAUGAUGAUGAAGUGGAAAAAAGGGAGAUCGAAGAAAACGAAAGAAGAGCCAAACACAGCAUCGACGGGAUUCUCGGUGACAGAUCAAGCCACUCAGACGAGGGCUCAGAUGUGGACUCAGAACCGGGUUUGCCAUUAAAGAGGAAACAGCGGCGCAGUCGGACCACGUUCACAGCCGAGCAGCUGGAGGAGCUGGAGAGAGCUUUCGAACGCACCCAUUACCCUGAUAUUUACACUAGAGAAGAGCUCGCUCAGAGAGCUAAACUCACCGAGGCACGAGUACAGGUUUGGUUUAGUAAUAGAAGAGCUCGCUGGAGGAAGCAGGCAGGAGCCAAUCAGCUCAUGGCAUUUAAUCACCUGAUACCUGGUGGUUUCCCACCCUCUGCGAUGUCAAGUCUUCAGCCCUAUCAGCUGGCAGACAGCCCUUACCCUCCCUCAUCCAUCUCACAAGUAUCGGAGCAGCCCAGCACUGUGCACAGGCCUCAGCCUCUUCCCCCCACCUCAGUGCAUCAGACUGGGCUUGGCAGCGGACCGGGGUCCCAGGACGGGAGUUCGGCCUACUGCCUCUCCUCUGGACGUCAUGGUUUCUCUAGUUACUCUGACGGCUAUGUGGCUGCGCCUGGUCAUGCAAACCCAGUGAACCCCACCAUCAGCAACGGCCUCCCAUCACAGGUGAUGGGGCUGUUGAAUCCGGGUGGAGUGCCGCACCAGGCACAGAGUGAUUUUGCCCUCUCUCCGCUGACGGGCGGUUUGGAGCCCAGCACAGGCAUGGCUCCCAGCUGCCACUCCUCUCAGAGACUUGAGGCUCUGCCAGGCCUGCCCAGCAUGCCAACUCUGCCCAGCUCCCAGUCCUACUGCCCCUCCAGCUACAGUUCACCCGGGUACAGCGUGGACCACGUGGCGUCUUACCAGUACAGCCAAUACGGGCAGAGCAAGGUGCCUUUCAUUAUCUGAAACCCAGCAUCGACUUAAUGAAGACAGACAUAAAAGGAGAUGAAGAGAUCUAUGGAUGGCCGUGAACUCUUGCACUUCAGCUCUCCUCCAACCCUUGAAUGUUUGACCAAAAUGACCAUUCGUCUUCAGACUCCCGCUUGAGGAGCGCUGAGGAGAGGCCAGUGGUGCCGGCGGUCCUCUCUAACGCCUGUGGGUACAAAGUGCAACGGAGUUGUUUUUACGAGGGGGAUAUUGCGGGUGGGCUUGGGUUUGGUUUAGUACCAGGACUGAGAAUGGGUUAGUUUGACCAUUUAGACCUGGAGGAAGCAGCCUCUCCAUAUUUUCAUCUCAUCACACGCUCUGACGACACUUGCCAACUCCUUCCUGAAGAGCCACAAGCCAUGGGACACGAGGAGGACAAAGGGAAAGGACAAAUAACUCAAAGACUGAGACUGUGCUUAUAAACAGCAUGGAAUGGCAGGGAAGAGUGUGAUAUCAGCUGUCCACUGACGGACGCACUUUAGUGGCUGGUUUGUGACAGCUCGAUGGUGACUCUUUGGUGGAGACACAUUUUGUUUGACUUUGUUGACAUAUUUAGGAAAUGAGGCCUCGGAAAAGACAGGUGUGCCAACUUUCCUUAUUCUUAAUCAUAAAUAAAUGACUGAAUACACAAAAACAUGCUCACAUUUGGCACAACGCUCUCAGGUCCACUUUAUAGAGGGAAGGAGGGUGACCUAAACAGAAUGCACUCAAGUGUCCGAUGGCAUUUCACAGGCCUUCUGUAGUGCAAACAGACUAUACAGACCCCAGUCAUCUGAGCACACACAAAAUAGCUUGUUAUGAGACAGGCGUGAUGUUCAGAAUGGAAUACUAUUGUUCUGCUUAUUGCAUACUGUAUACUAAUUCUAUACUACAGUGUAUACUAAAAGAAUGCAAUGAAAGUAGUAUGCUACCUUGCAAAUGAGGUUGCAUUUUUAAUCUGAUUUAGUGUAAAAACGUCUUUGAUUUGGCUGAUGACGUGUCAAGAAAACAGGAAUAAAAUAUUUAAUUUACUGGUUACAGUGUAAUAGGAAAGUCAAGUCGAAUGAUUUGCAUUAGUUUCGCUUGCGGAAAAAAUUGCACACGAUAUACAUAGUGCAUACUGAAUAUUAGUAGCAUGGAAGUAUGCUAUUCUGAACAUUCAGAGAGACCCCUGCCACAAAUCGAACCCAAGGAAAGUGCAAUACACACUCAAUACCUCACUCGCUCACGAAAAUCAUCUGUUCUUAAACUCUGAUUGUUUUUCAUGCAAAGAAAGGACUUUCAUAUGUGGAUGGAUGCCACCUUUAUUUUUACUCUUCAGUUUGGAGAAGAUCUGCAGAUGAAGUUCUUUGUUCUGUCUCUGUAACACAAUGUUCAUGUCUUAUUUUUUUACCUUGUUUUUAUACCUUCAUGUUUUCUUUUUUGUUCUCGACUGCAUAUAAUUGUUGAUGGAUAAUGUGUAAAAUGCAGCACUAUUUACUAUUUAUAAGAACAAAAUAAAUAAAUUACAUUCAA